GUGUUCAUCCUCCAAACAAAGAUCGCCAUCGUUUUUUUGUUUUUGAUCGGUGAUGGGAUUCCUGCAGGAGCGACCUGCCGCCUAACGUUAACCCUAAGGCAAACUGCCAUAACAGUAUGCAACUUGGAAAAGAACAGCUCUUCAAAAAUCAGGAUGGACACUAAAGCUGAGAUGCCUAUUCUGAGAACUCACUAACAUUUGGAAGAUAAACUUUGAAUAGUUAGAGGAUUUUAUUACACAGCUGUUUUUUUUGACAUAUGGAUACUCCAGGAAAAGUAAUGGAGACAGAAGAAAGGGAGGAUGUUUCACAAAAACCCAAAGCGAAUAAAAAGGCAAAGACGGAGGAGGAUGUGCCCUCUGGCCACACCUGUGGGGUGUGUGGACGCAGCUUUCCUCUUCUCAGCUCUCUGUCGCAGCACAUGAGAAGACACACACGGGAGAAGCCGUACAAGUGUCCCUACUGUGAGCACAAGACGGCUCAGAAGGGCAGCCUGAAGGCCCACAUUCGAAGCCAUAAACUUGGCCUGUUCAGCCAUAAACUCACUGUUGAAAAAGAGGGGGAUGGAGAUCAGGAAGUGAAAGCCGAGACACCCGAUCCUCCUGAGAUUAUCAGCACAUCAGACAAAGCUCCCAAUGUCAAUGGGAAAGUAAAGAAGAAAGGAACCAAGAAAAAAGUAAAGGCUAAGACUGGCGUUGAGGUCGGUGAUGGGGAUGAUGACGGGUCCCGUACCUGCACCAUCUGUGGCCAGACCUUCCCUCAGAUACUCCUCCUCAAAUCCCACAUGAAAAGGCACCGCAGCGCUCAGGAUCACGGUUGCCGGAUUUGUGGACGCCGUUUCCGCCAAGCAUGGUUCCUCCAAAGUCACAUGCGCAUUCACCGGGUCAAAGACCAGCUAAGUGGCGGGAAAAGUAACGAGCUGCCUGCCACCAUCAAUGGAGUUCCUCAGGACCUAGCAUCGCUGACGAAUGAAGAGUGCCUCUAUGAGCUCUGUGCAGGCUGUGGUAACUUCUUCGUUGACCGCAAGACAUUAAGAAUACAUGAAAAGCUACAUAAGCCCAACCACAACCGCUCCCAGACACAAAAUCCUCCACAGGAAGAAGUUGAAACCUCUGAGCCGGACACCGCUAAGAGGCAUUUUAUGGAAAGCCUGAACCUCACAUGUGCAGGACCAAAGGAAACGUCUGAGGAAAAGAGCCUGGGCAGUCGACUUCCUGAGCUGGAUCCAGUUUGUAGUUACCAAGCGUGGCAGUUGGCCACAAGGGGACGACUAGUGGAGUCCACGGAUAAAUCUCUGGGAUGGCAGGAGAGGCUUGCAGCUGCUGAGGUGGCAUAUGACACAGAAAAAGGAGAGUAUGUACCACGGAAACAAGAGAAGAAGAGGAAGCAAAUCGACAACUCCAGCACCAACACGAAGAAGAUAAAGGGUGAGACAGGCCUUGAUCACACGCCAAACAGCUUGGCUCACACUAAAGGUGGUGACAAGAGGAUUUUGCAGAAAGACCGUAUUCUGUUGAACGGACUGGGUCACGCGUUUUACGAGGCGCUGCAGACUAAGAAAGUAAAAGAUGUUCACCUCACACAUAAACAGACCAACAGCACCAGGAGCCAAGACCAUGAGGAUAAUAAGACGUACUUCUGCGAGCACUGUGAUUUCCACACUGCCGACACCUCACUUCUCAGGUCUCACGUGCACAUGCAGCACCAGGACUUCCCGGGUCCCUACAGCAAACACAGCACCAUUUUGGACAACAUUACCCAGAGUGGUUCCAAAGCCUCAAGAUACAUGGACUACCUCAGAAACAGGAGUGUGCUGCUCAGUCAGCCAUACUGGAAUCCUUACACAUGUCCGCCCGCCCCGUUGUCAGCAGAGUCCAAUAUUAAAACAGAAAAGUCAAACAGUACUAAAGUCAAAGGAAAGGGGAAUGCCUCUAAUGAUGCUGGAAGUCUCCUUAAUCUGUCUUCAUUACCCAUAAGUGAAGGGGAUGGCAUCGUAGAUUAUCCGAUAAAGACGGAGGGCCUUGUGAGACAUCAGUGCCCGUACUGCUCCCACACCACCAAUUACCCAGAAGUCCUGUGGAUCCACCAGCGAGUCGCACACAGGGUGGAUAACAGCAGCUCCAUGGCACCCAAGUGGGCUCCCUGCAGUAACAUCCCCAAGAGUUUGAAGACAGGCACUUCCCAGUGGAGACGCACAGGGGCUCCACCGUUCCUCGAAGGCAAGGACUGUCCUGCUUUACCUGCUCCGAGAACUCAGCGCACACAAGCUCCAGGUUUGACAGCCAAUAGCAGCAGCAGUAGCAGCAGCAAGCACUCAGCACCCAAAACCCAAUCAGGCGUCCCAAAGUCCAAGCAUCAGUCUAAGGACUCUGCAAAUGGGACACAGCCUAGUGGGAGGGCAGGACUCUUACCUCAAAAGAAGUCAGGUGAACAUAAGCGGGCAGAGAAGGGGGGAAGUAAGAGCUCCAGCAGCCAAGCUACUUCCUCUAGCAGCACUGGAAAGAGCGCCCCAAGUGUCCAUCCGACCAGCAGCCCCAAACACAGAAGCCACAGAGCAGCAGUGGAAGGAAACUUCCCACAGGAGGGUCUGGGUUUCAUGUUGGCCAGAAAUCAUGGCGGGAAUUCAUCCACUGCAGAAAGACCCCUUCCUCGCAGGCAGUCAUGUGACUCGUCUUCAGGUCCAAAGGGUCCUGAUCUGUGGGCUGCCAUGAACAUGUGGGGUAACAAAGCUUAUAUAGAACCUCUCCGUUAUGCUCAGGUAAAGAAUGAAUCAACAGGGGAAAGGCCAAUGGACAUUGAUAUUUUGAGUCUCCUGAAAAACUACAGUCCCCACGAACUGGCUGCUCUCUACCAGAACUGGGGGUUUGUUGACCCCAGGAUUGAUCCACAAGCAAUGUUGCAGUUAAAUGGGAAUUAUGGAAAAGAAGUCCACUCCGCAUCUGAAGCUCCCAAACAAGUGAACAGCCGCUCCACUUCCUCCUCAGGGUCUCUCCAUAAAGGAACGUGAGGAUCCAUCGUGUUCCCGUCGGCUCCCAGCCCGCACGAUGCUGCUGAACAAAGAGGCCUGCUGUUUUUAGAGGAACCAGCCAUAACUCCGAAAAGGACCGAGGCACUGGAUAAUGCACAAUAUAUGCAAAACAUUGAAGUGGACUAUCAUUCUGUAAUACGGUUCUUUAAUUUGAAGUGUUACCCAUGUUUCUUUUCUUUGUUAAGAGUGUAUAUAUGUUAGUUACCAAAACAAACAUGAAGAUAUGUUCGAUGAAAAUGAGGUAAAACUGUUAGAGCUUUUUGUCAAAUAAGCACUUGUGAAGCUACACUUCCUAAAAAGGUAAAGAGGACAUUCUAUUGGCUAAAGAACCACAGAUAUCGGCUGGGUUUGAGUAAAAACAAUGAAAACACCAAAUGUUAAAUACCAGGGUGCCACUAUAACAUUCAAAAGUACUUUAAAACAUGUGAGCUGUGACCUGGACAUUUGAUUUACAUCACUUUUACCUCUCUUUAUAUGUUUCAGUUUUUUUUUUUUAAAGGAGUCUGUAAAAUGUCUGUUUUUGGUUUAGAGUUAGAACUGUAUUUGUCUCAACAUUCAGAAUAUAGAGCGGGGCACGUACAUAUAAUUUGCUGCUUAUGUAACUUCUUCAAUCCCUUAUUCACUUCCUGAUCUGAGAGUAGACAGUUGCCAAGCAUCAAUAUGCUAUGAAAGGUUUAUUGCUGGUAAAGUCAUUAUCCCACUGUAAGGCACUAUUUGGUGCUUUUAUUAGAGCUAAAUCAAGCUUUAGCUUAACACCCCACACACAAUGAGUGACCAAGGUAACCAGUCAACAGCUGCAGAUUAUACCACUUUUUAAAAAAACAUCAAGAACUAGGUCAGUGUUGACUCUUUCCAGACAUCACGGUCGAUAUCAACCAACAUAUAUCAAAUUCAUAGCAAACCCAUAGCUAAUAUCAAGCCUCAGGUGCAGAACGAUCAAUUUCAAUGAAUGUGAAAAAAACAGAAAUACAACACAAUUGAAACCAUCGGCAUAACAUUUCUGUCAAACUUUAAAUGACAAUAGUUCAGAUGAACAAUGACAUGUGGUGUCCUGCUUUCUGAUUCUUAGUUUGACAUUUUUACAGGCUUUAAUUUAUCAUUUUUGUUCCUCCUAUCGGGAAGAUAGUGUUAACAUCUGCACUUGUUUCACAUUGUGCUCGUGAUGUAGCAAUUUAAUGCUGUGAUUUUUAGAAGUAGGAACUGGCAGACUUACAUCUGCCAGUCGAACUACUGAAGAGACUGAAACACGUUUUUUUUUCUCGACUUGUGAACUUCACCUCAUUCUCAAAAUAGUUUUCUUGUGUUUUGUUUGCAGAUAUGUUUAGUAUGUUCAUAUUUUAGUUUGAGUCAGUGUAUUCUUCUCACAUAGAGAAAUAGUCUAUGCAUUUGAAACAAAAAGCCAUCAAUUUAUGGAUUCUUGGGAGACCUUGAGAAUACAUCAUUUAUUAUUGACUUUGAUCUGUGUGGAAAACUGUUUUUUGAUGGAUGUUGUAAAUGAUUGUUUUAUUUAAAUGGUGUUUUUGUUGACUAAGAGUGGACUUGUAUCACUCCGAAGUACUUCAUAUUUGUAGUAAUAAGAGAAAAUGAAAAAAUAAAGAGUUUGAAUAAUUCCUUGACACACUUAAGGUCAGUGAGGAGUGACGCUCCAGCAGGGGGCGUUGUUGAGCGAUGUUCAGUGAGCGGUUUUUUAUGCAAGCCUGAACUUUGAUGCAAACCUACAGCCUAAAUGUGAGCUAGUUAAUUUGUGACUACAGUAUAUAAACAUGUUUCAUAGUUAAUUAUGUUGGUAUCAGAAUCUCUAUUUUCACCAGUUCCGCAUUUUGUCUGACUGUUCGAAUAUGCAAAUAAAGUUGGUCAAUGUAGAUUUA